CAGCAGCCGGCGUUUGAUGCCCCAACAGAACGACUCGGACGACCACCGGAACAGAACAGCAUAGAACGAGCUAGCUAUAAUCCUCGUUGAGUGUUAGAACCACAAUUUGACGGUUUUUUUUUUGUUUUCUGCUGGCAAGACGUGUUUGAAAGUGAACUAGAUCGGCAUUUUGGAGGAUCGGAACGGCGACAUUUUCGUUGGCAGUGCCAACAGUGACUUGGUGUGAUUAUUUUUGAGUGAAGUGUGAAGCUCCCAACGGAAGGGAUAUAAAUCUGUGGCAAUUGGAAAUUCUUUUCGUCGGAGUGGUGAUUGUGUGUAAUUGCGGAAUUCGGCAUUUCAAGAGGCCACAUCAUCUUCAUUUCCCUGUCACCUCAACCGGAAUAAGCGCUGCUGCACGUCAUCCUCCCGGGUGCAACCAAUCUCUAUCGGUCCCGUAGGAAACGACCAACUCAUCCCAACGCCAAAAUGAAACUAAUUGCACGCAGUCAUCCCGUCGCUGCCAUCUACAGCGCCUCUUCGCUAAUCUUCCUGUUCGGCGUGGUGCUGCUGAUGGUUUCCACCAUGUGCGAGGCCGAUCCAUCGCCGCUCGAAUCCAACAGCCUGUUUGGCGUCGACGAGAAGAAUGUCAACGAUAAGCGACCGUUCUUCGUCGGUAGCCGGUACGGACGUUCGCACGUGUACGGUGGCAAGGACCUCCGGCAGGUGAACGUUGUCCCACGCAACGAUCGCUUCUUUCUGGGCUCUCGCUACGGCAAGCGGUCCGAUACGCUGACGAAGGAAAUCGAAACCGACAACAACAAUGGCGCCGAACUGACCUAUCUGGCUUGUCUGCACACGGGCAUUUCCAAUCUGUAUCGGUGCUACGGCAAGGAACGUGACCAGCAACUUGGCGACAGUUUGGACUCAUCUAACCUCUAAAGAGCUCCGUCAACAUUGUGAUACACCAUCUCCGUUCCGAUUGCCAACUUUAACCUACACGCUGCUUAACACACAAAAACACACGCAAUGUUAACAAGAUAUAUUCCAACUUAUGAUUAAACCGGAAAUGACCACGUCGCGCAGCUUUGGCUCCGCUCGCUGAAGAGAGAUUUAGCUUGUUUGAAGUUGAUCUGUGCUAUUGUUUGUUUGUUUUUCAGAUCAACCUCAAACAACGAUCAAGGCUGGGUGGUUUCUCUUCAGCGAUCCCGGGAGCCAAAUGGGUACACGCAUUAUAUUUUAGUUUCAACGAAACGAUUCAAAAGAAUGUUAAACCACAUCUGCAAACAUUCAACGCAAGGAAACAUGCACUGACUGUCGUUGGAUUGUUUAUAUAUUACACCCCAAUAAAAGUAUAUAUAUAUUUAUGUAUUUGAUAUUUUUGAAAAUUGUUGCAAAUGUGUAAAGUGAAAUUGAAUAUAAAGAAGACAGCAAAGUAAACCAACUGUAAGCAGAUUACACUGUUAUCGAGAAUCAACGUGAUUAUUCAGCCAAAACCUACUAUUAACUAGAUUGACUGUUGCAGAUUAUGGCCCCUCGUUCAUCAACAAAUGAACCAUAAAAAAGCACAAAUGUAUAUUUACUAUCAAUUAAAGUGAUUUAAAACAUAAAAGCAAAUCUACCCAUAUUGGCACUGUUCUUGAAAGAGGUUACAUCAGAAUGUAAGGAAACUGCUAUGUAAAUAAACUUUGCACUCACGAAAGCUGUUCAAGCUC